AUGGCUAUUGUCGUCAUAAAGGAGCCGAAUCUGCGCAAACUGCUCGCUGAGCAGCAGCUGCUGCUUUCUACGCUGCCGCAGCCCCCAAGCCCGGUCUCCACGUACCUGACGGCUCCCGUGGCGCCCCUCACCAGCGUGUACCACUCGCGGGGAUGUGUCGAGCUCAUCGAGGAUCAACCCGCGCCGCUGUGCGGGGGCGGAAAGGGCGACGACGAAGACGCAACGAAUCAAAAAAGGUCCUCGUUGCUUUUCGAUCUUCUCAACGCCGCAUCACGGGUGGACCUCGACGUGGAAAAGACACUCUCGCUGACAUGUGACGUGCUCUCCAAGGCCCGUUGCCGGUCGUAUAAACUCACCGACAAUGCACAACAGUUGCUGGGCAGGAUCAUGGAGCUCAGCGCGUGUUUCAAGGGCCUGUCAGAACAGCAAUCAACGACGCCAUCGUCGCCAGAAAAAUAA